AUGCUGGCGACAGUGUCAGUGACAGACGCAAUGGACGUGCUCUAUCUCGCGUAUGCAGCCUUCUGUCCACAGGAUGACCUGCGUGCGUGGCGCUGCGAGUGGUGCUCUGGCCCAAACAAACACAGGUACUGGCUGGGAGCGUGCGUGGGGCCGCGGAAAUCAGCCAUAACAUGUUCAACGCGUGCCAGCAGGCUGCAGCUGUCGGCGUUCUUGCGCGACACGGACGCGGAGACUCAGGGCUACGUUGCGAUCGACCGCGUCGACUCGCGCAUCGUGGUGGCGUAUCGCGGCACAACGACAAUGCACAACUGGUUCCUCGACUUCCAGUUCCCGCUCGUCGUGCCGCCCUUUGGCCCGCCGGGCAUCCACGUCGAGCAGGGGUUCCUCAAAGCCUACAUGUCGCUCCGCCGCGAGACGCUGUCGGCCAUCAAGUCUGCGAGGGCGAGCUGCGGUGACGGCUGCGAAAUUCUUUUCACGGGCCACUCGCUCGGCGGCGCGAUUGCCACCCUGGCGGCGGCCGACGUGGCCGAGGAGGCGUGGUCUGGACGGGUCCAGCUGUACACUUUUGCGAGCCCACGCGUCGGUGAUGCGGCCUGGGCCGGGUGGGCGAGCGGGGUCCUGCAAGCUAGCAGCGGUACGCCGCCCUGGCGGAUGCGCCGCCAGCUCGACAUGGUCCCGGCGCUGCCGCCACAGUCGAUGGGCUACGCGCACGUGGGGACCGAGAUCUGGAACAAGUUUGCCGAGGGCGAGCCAGACGCAUACGUCAUCUGCGACGGCUCCGGGGAGGACCCCAGCUGCGGCGACUCGGAGGAGACGCCCGCCUUUCCGCUCUACCUCGUCAACCUGCGGCCGUCGCAGCACGUAAUGUACAUGGGCGUCAAGGGCGGGAGAUGCUCGGCAGUCAAGUGA